UCGGUUAUGUACAUGUUUUGAAUUCAUGUUAGUAAACUAACGCGUGCCAUGGUAGAGGUAGAAGUGGCGUUAAUUUUAUAAAUUAAUUUAAAACAUAUUACACUUCACUUCUUUUUGUACUUAUUUAUUCUUUCGGUCAAGUACACGUUCCGGUAUUAUACUAAUACACAUAUCGUUGAAGAUCAAGUCAUCGAAUAUGUUCCAUACUUUGGAUAGCUUUGAUACAGAAUUUUCUGCAGACUCUGUCGAGUGGUGCCCAUCAAAUUUUCAUAAAAAUGUGUUUGUAUGCGGAACAUACCAACUAAUACAAAAUGAAGAACCAGUGGUAGAUGUAGAAAAAUCAACACGUAUAGGACGAAUAUAUAUGUUCAAAGUUGAUCACAACGGACGUCUAACGUUAUUACAAGAUUUAGACGUAACUGCUGUCUUAGACAUGAAAUGGGCACACGUAUGCAAGAAUAGAAUUUUACUUGGAGUUGUAAAUUCUCUGGGAUACUUGCAAAUAUAUCAAAUGAAAAAUAACAAAGAGAGCGAAUAUUUGGAAUUAUUAACAGGAAAAAAAGUUGCAGGAGAUAAAGAAAUCCUCGCUUUAUCUUUAGACUGGUGCAGCGGAAGAUGGACGCACGAUAACGAAUCGAAUUUAAGCAUAGUAGUCAGCGAUUCGAAAGGUUCUAUAACGUUAUUCGACAUAAAUGAAGAUGAACUGAUCUAUAUUAAUUCCUGGUAUGCGCAUAAAUUCGAAGCUUGGAUUACAGCUUUCGAUUACUGGGACACAAACGUGAUAUAUAGCGGUGGUGAUGAUUGCAAAUUUAAAAAAUUCGAUAUUAGAAUAGAAAGGUGUCCUGUCGCGAUAAAUAAAGCUCAUGAUGCCGGCGUAACAAGUUUGCACAGUAAUGCCAUGAGAGAAUUUUUAUUAGCAUCUGGAAGUUACGAUGAAUCGUUGAGAUUAUGGGACACAAGAAAUCUGAACAGCCCCAUUUCGAAGAUCGACCUCGGCGGCGGAGUAUGGCGUUUGAAAUGGGAUCCUUUCGCGCGGAAAUACUUGCUUGCCGCGUGCAUGUAUGGCGGGUUUCGAAUAGUCAACUGUGAAAAGCCGGAAUCACCGCUCGUCAUUGGCGAAUACAAUGAGCACGAUAGCUUGGCAUAUGGUUGUGAUUGGUCCUUUUUGAACAGUGUAGAGAUCGGGGAGCAAAUACUUAAGAAAAAAGCAGAGGGCGUCUAUUUAGUUAGUACCUGCUCCUUUUAUGACCAUCUCUUGAAACUAUCCGCGGUAUGCUUGAAAGAAAAUUAAACGAGUGUAAAUAAUAGGAAAGCUGCAGGAAGUACAGAAGUACACACAACCCAAGUAUCAGGUCUGAUUUAAAAUUACUAACAAAAAUAUUAAUUUCUAUUUCGAAAAGGUAAAUUUGUGUUAAAAUUGAAGAGGAUCAAAUUUUGUUAAAUGAAGGGAAAGUCGAAUAAAUUUAGAUUAAAAUUGAGAAGAAACUGAAAUUUGGUUUUAGGCAAAAAUGUAUUAAAUUUCAAUUAAAAUUUAGAAAAGAAAAGGAAAUUUGUUUAAAUUUAGGAGAAGGUAGCAUUAGUUGAAGUCAACAUCGUGAUUCUAAAUAUCUAAAAUAUGAAAAAAAAAAGUUAGAGAUGAAAGGGAAACAUACAUUUGGGGAAAGACCACCAGAAGUGACAUCUAGGAUGAUCAUUGUUGACCAUAAGACUGGACCAAAGGUCAGCGGUGGUCAUUCUGUAGGUCCACCGUUUGUCAUAUCACUUCUGCAAGAAAACCCCUUGAACCUGAUUGUUCCCCCCAACGAGAUCGCGCUGCAACUGACUGAACAAUAGCGCGGUAAACGAGACACCUGUGAUAUCGAUGAACAUUAAUCGCGGUAUUCGAUGACGAUCGAUAAUUUUGAUUAUUUUUAAUUCUUUAAUGUUUGUAACAAUUUAUUUUGCAAUAAAGCCAUUGAGCGCUUGCAGGUUA